UAAUUAUAGGGCUGUAAAUAUUAAUAUUUUAAGGGUUAACUAAAUCUAGAAUUUAUGGGUAUGGGUAGUAUUUGUGCGCAGACUUCUAGAUCAUCAACUACAAUACAGAGGUCCAUUAGCACAGAGAAGCAGUAACCCACGGUUUGGGGUCUGGUCCCUGUCCAUGAUGAGGAGCAGGAGUAAUUCUGGAGUGCGGUUGGAUAGAUAUGCCAAGCUUGUCCAGCAAACUAUCCUCUGUCACCAGAAUGAAGUGACUGGUCUGUUGCCGGCCAGUUGUGAUCAGCCGGAUGCUUGGGUUCGAGACAAUGUGUACACGAUCUUGGCUGUGUGGGGUCUUGGGCUUGCGUACCGAAAGAAUGCGGAUCGCGAUGAAGACAAGGCCAAGGCUUAUGAACUGGAACAGAAUGUGGUGAAGCUGAUGAGAGGCCUGCUCCAAUGUAUGAUGAGGCAGAUGCCAAAAGUUGAAGAGUUUAAAUACAGCCAGAGCACCAAGGAUUCACUCCAUGCCAAGUAUAAUACAGGAACAUGCUCCACUGUUGUGGGGGAUGAGCAGUGGGGGCACCUCCAGAUGGAUGCAACUUCUAUAUUCCUGUUGUUCCUGGCACAAAUGACAGCAUCAGGGCUUCAUAUCAUUUACACACUAGAUGAAGUGUCUUUUAUACAGAACUUAGUCUUUUACAUUGAAGCAGCAUACAAGACUGCGGAUUUUGGGAUGUGGGAACGUGGAGACAAGACAAACCAGGGCAUCUCUGAACUGAAUGCCAGCUCUGUUGGCAUGGCUAAGGCCGCACUUGAAGCUCUAGAUGAACUAAAUUUAUUUGGCGCUAAGGGAGGACCACAGUCUGUGAUCCAUGUCCUGUCUGAUGAGAUCCAGCACUGCCAGUCAAUCCUCCACUCCAUGCUCCCCAGAGCCUCUACUUCCAAAGAAAUUGAUGCUGGGGUCCUAUCUGUCAUCUCGUUCCCAGCCUUUGCUGUAGAGGAUGCUCAGCUGGUACAGAUCACCAAGCAAGAAAUAGUUGACAAGUUGCAGGGUCGUUAUGGCUGUUGUAGGUUUCUCCGGGAUGGAUACAGAACCCCGAAAGAAGAUCCCAGCAGACUGUAUUAUGAGCCUGCAGAGCUGAAAUUGUUUGAGAACAUUGAGUGUGAAUGGCCACUAUUCUGGACAUACUUCAUUUUGGAUGGGAUAUUCAGUGGCAAUAUGGAGCAGGUGCAGGAAUACAGAGAGGCCCUGGACGGAGUUCUGAUCAAAGGGAAGCAUGGAGUGCGUCUGAUACCUGAGCUGUAUAGUGUCCCUGAGGACAAAGUGGAGGAGGAGUAUGAACAUCCGCGUACAGUGGAUCGAGUAGCCAAGGGGAAGCUCCCUCACAUGUGGGGCCAGUCCUUGUACAUUCUAGGCUGUCUGAUGUCUGAGGGUUUUCUCGCUCCUGGAGAGAUUGAUCCUCUGAACAGACGGUUCUCCACUGUUCCUAAACCUGAUGUGGUUGUGCAAGUAUGUAUACUAGCAGAGUCUGAGGAGAUCCAAGAGAUUCUGAAGAAACAUGGGCUUGAGGUGGAGACAGUUGCUAGUGUUUACCCCAUUCGUGUGCAGCCAGCAAGGAUUUUAAGCCACAUCUAUGCCAGGCUGGGGCGUAAUAAAAGACUGAAUCUAACUGGAAGACCCUAUAGAAACAUGGGUGUCCUAGGGACCUCUAAACUCUAUAUUGUCCGGAAAACAAUCUUUGCUUUCACACCCCAGUUCAUAGAUCAGCAACAAUUCUACUUGGCCCUUGAUAAUCGCAUGAUUGUUGAAAUGCUGCGUACUGAUCUGUCCUACCUCUGCAGCCGUUGGAGGAUGACUGGCCGUCCCACCAUUACCUUCCCCAUCUCACGCAGUAUGCUGGAUGACACUGGUGAAAACCUUGACCCAGCUGUGCUUGCCACAGUGCGAAAGCUGCACGAUGGGUACUUUGGAGGUGCCAGGAUCCAGACAGGCAGACUACCAGAUUUCCUGACUACAUCGUGUUGCAAACAUCUAAGCUUCAUGGAUGCUGGGAUGGAGGGUAAGCUGUGCACCGGGGGGAGUGGCUACAUCAGGGGCCAGCCUAUCAUCGUGCAGGAGCCAGACACUCCUCUGCAUGUGGCUCCACCAGCCGAUGAUGAUGACAUAGAUGAUGAUGUGUCGCAGUAUCUGAGCCACUUGCUAUCCAGCGACCCACCCCGCCCAAACCCUGCUGUCCAGCGUGGAGGACUGAAUCGCUUCCGGGCCGCCAUCCACAGUACUCGUGACCUUCUGUCUCUGCGUAACAAAGCCCGGGGUCUCCAAGUGCAGGAUGUGCAGAUGUACUUGCCCUGCAAACUUCUCCAGUCAUCGCAACCAUCCUUUGAUUUGUUGGACUCUACUCCCCUUCCACAUCCCAUGAGCAAGAUCCCGACUAUCCAUGCAGAGAUGCAUCUUCCUCGGGACAAGGCUGGGCAGGUGGAUUUUCCUGCACUGAUUGAUAUUUUGCGGGAAACCCCUAACUUACAGGAGCAGGCUGAUAUAUUGUAUGUGCUACAUACAAUGAAGGGAGCAGACUGGGACACACAGAUAUAUGGACAGCCUGGUGUUACAGUUCAAGAUCUCCUGGUUGAGCUGUAUGGUAAAGUGGGAGCUUCCCGGCAGUGGGCACUCAUCCGAUGCAUCUCAGGAGUUCUGAAAAAGAAAGUGGAGGCGCUGGAUGAGGCCUGUACCGACCUACUGUCCCAUCAGAAGCAGCUAACAGUAGGAAUGCCGCCAGAGCCACGGGAGAAGACCAUAACUGCGCCUCUUCCUUAUGACAAGCUAAUUCGUUUGAUUGAUGAGGCUAGCGAGCAGAACAUGACAAUAUCCAUCAUCACACAGGAAAUCAUGGUGUAUCUGGCCAUGUACAUGAGGACGCAGCCAAUACUCUUUGCUGAGAUGUUCCGACUUCGCAUCGGGCUCAUUAUCCAGGUUAUGGCCACAGAGCUUUCCCAGUCACUGCGUUGCUCUGCUGAGGAAGCCACAGAGAGUCUGAUGAACCUAAGCCCUUCUGACAUGAAAAGUCUCUUGCACCACAUCUUAAGCGGAAAGGAAUUUGGUGUAGAGAGAAGCGUGAGGUCUGUUGAUGCUAUGGUUAGUCCAGCUAUUUCAAUACAUGAACUGGGAGCUGUAGGCGCCACAAAGAGUGAGAGAGCUGGGAUUACCCGCCUAAAGAGUGAAAUCCAGAUGCUGGAUAAACGUAGACUGUCUCUGGCUGCAGAAGGCCAGGAUGUGGAUCUGACAUCACUGAUGACUUUGAGGCCUGGUGACUCAUUGUCUAUGUCUGGCGAACUAUCUACUUCCUCAGUAUCCGACACUGACAGUGGACAUGAUAGCCGGCAAGGACAGUGGCAUCGCCGGAGACGCCUGGAUGGGGCUUUAAACAGAGUGCCUGUUGGGUUCUAUCAGAAAGUUUGGGCGAUCUUACAAAAGUGCCAUGGAAUAUCAGUGGAAGGUUAUGUUCUCCCUUCUUCCAGCACCCGUGAGAUGACACCAGGUGAGCUGAAGUUUUUUGCCCACGUGGAGUCUGUCCUGAACCGCGUUCCACAGCCUGAGUACCGCCAGCUGCUUGUGGAGGCUAUCUUGGUUCUCACCAUGCUUGCCGAUGUUGACAUCCACAGUGUGGGUGGUAUUAUUCAUGUGGAAAAGAUUGCACAUAUCGCUAACCAACUAUUCUGUGAAGAACAGAAGGCACUAGGAGCAGAUGACGCCCUGUUGGAGAUUGAUCCAGUGACUGGUAUUUGCACCCUGCUCUAUGACAGUGCCCCUAGUGGACGAUUUGGGACAAUGACAUAUCUCUCCAAAUCUGUAGCUAUUUACUUGCAAGAUGCCUUACCACAUGGGGGCUGUGCCAUGCAAUGACCUGGAUUUGCUGGAAUCUGCAGAAUGCACUUUGAACUGGUUCCUUAGAUACUUUCUGCGCAGUUGUCACAUAUAAAGUGCCCUUAUAUGUAAAUGUACAGUAAUGCUAUUAUAUGUGUCUAAAGUUAUGGAACUUGCUUUUUAUACCUCCUAGAAGUCUCUAUGCUAGCAAAUGUAAAUUAUGUGAGUUGCAAAUGUAAAUAAGAAGAAAUUAACCAAAAUGGCACAGUUUAUGGCUGUAAAUUUUAAAUCUGAUUAGUUAAAGGGACAUGAAACCUAACCUUUUUCUUUGUAUUUAUUUUUCAUGGUUCAAAUAGAGCAUGUGAUUUUAAACAACUUUCCAAUUUGCUCCUUUUAUCUAUUUUGCUUCAUUUUCUUGGUAUUCUUUUUUGAAUGAUCAGCUAUGCACUACUGGGAGCUAUCUGAAGACAUCUGGUGAACCAAUUAAAAUCUGAAUUUUUGUGCAGCCACCAAUCAGCAGCUAACUCCCAGUAAUGCAUUGUUGCUCCUGGGCCUAUCUAGAUAUGCUUUUCGACUAAUUAUACCAAGCGAGUGAAGCAAUUUAGAUAAUAGAAGCAAAUUGGAAAGUAAAAUCGCAUAUUCUGUCCGAAUCAUGAAAUAAUUUUGUUUGGGUUUCAUGUCCCUUUACGUUACAACUGAGAGUUCAAAGUUUCAGUGACAUAGUAAAGAAGUAACAAAAGGUGAAGUUGGCAAGUUCCAUAAAUUUUGCAUAUAAUUUUCAACUCAUUAUGAGUUUUAUAUACAUUAAAGUGCGUUUACAUGGAUAUGAAACUCAUGAUUUAGAGCAUGCAAUAUUAAAAAACAUUCCAAUUUACUUCUAUUAUCUAAUUAAUUCGCUUUAUUCUCUUGAUAUCCUUUAUUGAAAAGCAUAUAUAAAUAGGCUUAGUAGCUGCUGAUUGGUGGCUGCACAUAGAUGCCAUGUGUGAUUGGCUCACCCAUGUGCAUUGCUAUUUCUUCAACAACGGAUACCCAAAGAAUGAAGCAAGUUGGCUAAUAGAAUUAAAUUGGAACGUUGUUUUAAAUUAUAUUCUCUGUCUGAAUCCUGAAAGAAAAAUGUUGUGUUUCAUGUCCCUUUAAAGUAGCCUUAAUAUCUAAAUGGCCUAAUAACAGUGGCAUAUUUAAAGGACUAAUUUGGUCACUUUGCUUUUAUGAUGACUCUAAGCUGUGCAGUACUUCAGAUGCAAAUAAAAUGCUGCUACAACUUUUUACCAUU